AUUAGCAACUAAAACCGUCAACAAAGUACUGGUUGCUACCUUAGCUACUUAAAUGCCUUUUAUUAAAAAGAGGAGGGUAAAAAGAAAAUAAACUCCCUGAGGAAUUUUCAGAAAUAUUUUGCGAAUGUCGGGCAUAAAGCUGAAUGCCGCUCAAAUAGCCGCGAAAAAGCUCGGUGUAGUUAGAAGAGAAACAAGCUUCACCAUGGACGAAAGUGACCAUCUUUUGGAAAAAUGUCGGAAAGCAUAUCGGGAGUGUUUUGAAAAAGAACCUCACCCGUUGAUAGUUCAAGCAAUAAAGCACCAGUCAAAUCAGUGCUUAAAUGUUGCUGGAAAUGUGACAACAUUCUCUGGGGAACACCUUGGAGACAAAGACAUGUUGGUUAUGUACAAAAUUCUCAAGGAUCAAUAUCUAUUUGUCAGUGUGAAUUUAAGCUACAAUAAUAUCACUGAUGAAGGAUCACAUAGCGUGGCUCAACUCAUUAAGUCUAGUUCUUCCUUGAUAUGUUUGAACCUUAUGUGUAACGAUAUCGGUCCAAAAGGUGGAGAAUUAAUUGCUGCCGCUUUGCAGACAAAUAGUACUUUAGAGUCUCUAAACAUGAAUGGUAACAAGAUUGGAAGAAACGGCGUGUUGAUGUUUGCUCGGGCUCUUCAGUUCAAUAUUGGCUUAAAGGAAUUGAAUGUUGGCCAUACCGACAUGAAUAUUGACAGUAUGAUAGCAAUGGCUACAGUGCUUUGUUUCUCAAACUGUACAUUACUUCGCAUUAAUCUGAACAGACCUUUGUUGAAAAAUAUGGAAGAAGAAAUUAUUUCAGGGCAUAUAAGUCAUCUCCUAAAGAUGAAUCCAGUUCUCAUUGAGUUACACCUGCAACAACUCGGCAUGGAGGAUUACGGUGCAACGAUAAUUUCUGAAAGUCUAAGAAAUAAUACCAUUCUUACACAUUUGGAUCUAAGUUGUAACAGGAUAGGCGAGGAUGGAAUGAAUAUGCUUGCUGAUGCUAUGGCUGUCAGUGGCACAACAGAGUUAUUGAAUAUUGGGUAUAACAGAAUCGGUAACACAGGGGCCGUGUAUUUGGCAGACCUGCUCAAAGUAAACACGUCUUUGAAGACUUUGAUUAUAGUAUCCAACAACAUUGGAGUGAAUGGAAUUAUAACAAUUAUAGAGGUGUUGAUAAACGUAAACAAGAGCCUGACAUCUUUGUUCAUAUGGGGAAAUGACGUGCAGCCCUCUGCUGGAGAAGCAGUUCACAGACUUUUGGAAGAAAAGCGUCUUUCAGAAGAUUGCAUUGAUGUUAAACCGUAUAACAUUGAGGGGAUUUAUCACCUUGGUCGGCAAUUUCUUUUUCGCCAGAAGCAGCAGUAAGACCUUCUAUCUAUAAAUGCUCUGAUAUCUACACAGCCUUGGUUUUAUUUUAUCUUAUUUCACAAAAAAUUCUUAUAUAUAUAUAUGGGCUGUAGUAGAAGACAUUUGCCCGAGGUGCGACUCACGGUGGAACUGAACUCUGAACCACGUGGUUGGGAAGCAAGCUUCUUACCACACAGCCAUGCUCUGCACCUGAUACCUUUU